AUGUCCACGCGCGACGCGCCCAAAAUCCAAAUCGACCGCCAAUCCACCACCCCCUUCCACCUGAAGCUCUUCUACCGACUGAACAACUUCCACCAUCUCUCUGACUUCUCUAUUCCCCCAGUCUCUGGGGCAUCCAGCUCGGGCCCCGCAAGCGGUCCUAACUCCAUCCGAACGCGCAGCUCUCCCCCCCCUCCGCCAUCGCUCCCUGCCCACCUCCAGAUCUACACCUGGCAAUCCUGCACCCUGCGCGAGCUGUCGCAGCUUCUCACCUCCGCGUUACCAUCUGUAUUUCCCGAUCCCCCCAUCGGCACAAGGUUAUGCUUCCGACUUAUAUACCCGGACACGCGGGGAGCGGCGUCGCUCGGGCCCGACGCGAGGGGCAGGUACCUGAGUAAGGAUAUGGGGAGUCUGGUUGUCGGUGCGAAAGAAGGGCCUCCUCAGAGACGGGAUAGUAUCGAUCAGAGCGGGAGUAAUAAUGUUCCUUCUGGACCGAGGGGACUACGAUUGUCUGGUGAUGAUGCAGAGAAGACACUACACGACGUGCGAUUUGUGGUGGGCGAUUACGUCGAUUGCGCCAUUCUGCCUCCGUUAGAAGAUGGGUCGGUCGCGCCUCCUAUUGUAUCCGGACGAGGUGCUGGUGGGGGUAGUGGCUCUGUGAUCGGGGGUGGUAUGAGGGCUUUCCGGGAGAAUGGGUUCGGAGGGAGACCUGGUCGCGGUGGGAGGGGAGGAGGAUAUGGGCAUUCGGGCAUUCCCAGUGGUGAUUGGAGACGCGGUGAACGAUUGCCAGAUGGGGGUGGGAGGGGAUACGGAGGUGGUUCGAGGAGGGGAUGGGCGCCGUAUUAG